GCCUUUUUCUCGUGACAAAAAAUCUGUGGUCAGGUUUACAGUAAGAGCUGACUGCUGGGACCCGAAUUUAUUAUCUGGGUACGCUUGUCUGCCUUUGGUAUGCCAUUUAUAGACGUUUAUGGCAGGUGGAUUAUCUGGAAAGGAUUUACACGGGAGUCAAGAUGGAUAGGUCUGAGUUACAUGUCUGACCACAGUUAUAUAUAGUAUGAAUAUUUACUUGAGAGGCAAUGUACUCUACAACUGCUUAGAGUCUUUUAACGUCCACCAAAGAUUGUUUGGGACGAUAAAAAUCUGACGUUAACGUGUUGUAAGUGAAUGACACGUGUGUCAGCGAGGUGUGGCAUGCAAGCAGACAUUUCGACACGGUAGGCCAUGUCUAGCUACAACCCUCAGACACAUUCAGCUUGUUGUUUUUUCUCACACAAGAUAUACAGGAAGCCAAAACGUUUGAAGCUGUUAUGUUGUAUUAUCGCCUAUGUUAUUUUGCUUUCUCUCAGGCAAGUUGGUGGAAAUUACGAGAGAGAGCCUCGUUUAAGGACAACGUCUAGUUGGAAAGCCAUUCUAUCCUGGAUUAGUGCUCCUGUUCAAUAUUUGCCUCAAGACAAGCCCUUUUUCACUGUCUGGAACGUACCAUCAUUCCGAUGUGGCCAUAAGUACGGCCUUCCUAUGGACCUCGACAAGUUUGGAAUAGUGGAUAAUGAAUUUGAACUGUUCCACGGCCAAACUAUCAACCUGUUCUACGAAUCCAGGCUAGGUUUAUAUCCUCGCUAUCUGUCGAACAGGAGGGCCAAAUAUGGAGGGAUUCCCCAGCUUGGUAAUCUCACGGCUCAUUUGGACUGGGUUAAAACAGAUCUAGACUGGUAUAUACCUAACGUGACAUAUGACGGGCUGGCGGUCAUCGACUGGGAGUCCUGGAGACCAUUGUUUGUCAGAAAUUGGGGAGAGAAAUCCGUUUACCGCGAGGCUUCUGAGAAGUUGGUGCAAAAACUGCACCCGACUUGGACAUGGAAACUCGUAGUGCAAGAAGCACAAAGGCAGUUUGAGAAAGCAGCCAGAUCUUUCAUGGUAGAGACGCUAUUCUUGUGUCGGCGAUUAAGACCACGGGCAAAGUGGGGCUUUUAUCUGUUCCCAGAGUGCUACAAUCACCCCCCAGGGCGGGAGAACUGUACUCGGGCUGCUAGGAGCAGGAACGACAGGUUAUCUUGGCUCUACAAGAGUAGCUCGGCGCUGUACCCCUCCAUCUACCUACACGCUGCCUACAAACCACAGGAACAGAGGCAACACGUACGGGGAAUACUUCAGGAGGCCUAUAGAGUCCGCAGCAAAUUUACCUCCAGAUAUCUCCCCGUAAUUCCAUACUCUAGAUAUGUGUAUUCUCAAAGUAACGAGUUUUACAAUAAGGUAGCUUUAGAGAAUACAGUUGGACAAGCUGCUAUCUCCGGUGCCGACGGCGUCGUUCUCUGGGAUAGUUCCAGUAAUAUUAAAAACGAAAAACAAUGCAAGCGUUUGCACAAAUAUUUAAACUCAAUGUUGGGUCCAUAUGUGAAAUCCGUCUUAGACUGGACUGAGCGAUGUAGUCGGACUCGUUGCAGUGGUCAUGGACGUUGUGUAUCUCUACAAUAUAUGGAAAAUAAAUCGAGAAAACCAGGGCGAGUAAGUAUAGGACGGGGCCCAAUUAUAACUAAGGUUAAAAUAUCGCCUCAUUCCCAUGGACAUGUCUUUGAUAUGAAGAAUUUGUCCAGCAAGACAACCGACUUAGAGUCAUCUGCCAGAAAUACCGUUAUAGACAGUUUGUAUUCUACUAGGACAACAGUUGCUAACAGAUUAUUUUCUAUGGAAGGCGUAACAGAGAGAAAGGUGUUUACAAGGAAAACUGUUAUAGACAGAGAACCGUCCACAAGGAAACCGGUUAUCGAGAGAGUUACACGUUUCACCACAAAAGAAAGAGAUAUGUUACCUUCUGCGGGAACGGUUACACAGAGGUUUACAAAGAAAGACUUUCACGUUACUAGUAGGAAGACUACUAGUAGAAUAAUAGGUACACAACACAGUAGGACAAGAUCAAACUAUACAUUUUCGAUUGAUGGUUCGAAACUGACUUCACCUACUGAUCUACCACAUGAUAAUCUUAGCAAUAAAACGCCAUUUAAUCUAUACACUCUCUCGUCUUCCGCAGCUGGUCCUACGACAACGCAAGCAUAUGGAGAUAUUUCUUCGACAGGCUCCACUCAGCAAGUAUUUACAGACAAAAAUCACCAUCAUGUUAAUAAUGACACUAAAGUGUCCACGCCUGACUUUCUUAAUAAUGAUAAAACACACAGUCGCUCUGAAUCUACUACACAGAAAGGACUGGGUGUUACCAGCGAUGUUCACCAGACUAUGUCCAGAUAUACACGAAAGCAACAAACUGACACCAUCGUGUCAACCUCAGAAGGAAGGCGUGGGGCCACUCGUCUGACGACGAGUCCAAUCACGGUUACCAAUCCAAACCAACACAGUUGGACAGGGCGGAAAUCUGAGCAUUCAAAUGCAAAAAGCACCCGCUGGUACACAACCACCGGCAUCGGUUCGUGGGAGAGCGAUAUCCAGACAAUCUCAUCUGACUUCACAGCAGUGACUGGGUUGACGAUCCCUGAAAUGACCACAAUGAAUACAGACAGUGUGAUGGACGUAGAACAUAACACUCCCAUUCCUACAAUGAACACCAAGGAGACGUCAGAUUCUAACUCGUCGUUCUUGAACACCAUUACCCAGAUCAUCAUUAUAAUCAUAUUAAACAUAUUACGUAUAUUUCGUCACAGCCCGACACAUGACGAAGAUCACAAAUUGCCCAUGCAGUACCAAAGUCUGUACAGUGAGCUUGAAUUACAGGACCAUCCGCGUAUUUCAUUGAUCAGUGGUGCUGAGCACUCUCAGCGAAGUGACCACGUCGAUGGCAGUUCUAACAAGCAUUAUGAAACGAUGCUGUCAGAAGAACCUCCUCAAGUACACCAGAGAUACAGGCGCAGAGUUAAUAACGCAACACCUAAGCGCAAAUGGGUUAUGUUGUCCUUCUUAAAUAGCUCGUCGGGUUUAGUAACUGAAGACAACACCGAUCUACACAAAAAAGUCAACGAUGCUAACAAAGCUCAAAGGGCUACAAGCCUUCAUUAUUCAGGUGGACAGUCUCUGCAAACUCAAAUAUCCGGAAGCGUGAUACCCAGUCCCGAGAGCCAGAUUGUCAUUUCCGAAGGACAUAUCAGUAAACCUGAUCACAGCCACAAAGACCGGGACAAUAGGCCCCCAAACAGAUGGAUGGAGCAAGAGUUUGUUGACUUUGUGUGUGCAUGUUACGCCGGCUGGACAGGAGAGUUUUGCAGUGAGAAGCUCUGAAAUUAUCCUGGUCAGAUUACGUGUUAUCAAGGAAUUCUCUAUUUCAGCAUUCUAGAACUGAGAACAGCGAAAUAAUGAGUCAUCAAACUUGUGCAGGGAAGAAUUUUCGUGUCUUCUUUCAUGGUUUGACCCAUUUUCAGCUCGGUUGUACAAAGUACAGAGGGAGCUUACUGCACACACCUGUCGUAAGCUUCAAAUAACGGUUAGAGCAAAUGAUACAGCUAGGUAGUUUACAUUAAUGAUCUAAUACUGCUUUUCAGGUAACAAUUUCUAACCUUUUUUUACAUAUAUCUAUGAUAUUCACAGAUCAUUUGGAUAAAUGCAUAGUAUUAUAAACUACUUAAUAAAU